UCUACUUCUAAAAUAGCAAUGAAAUAUGACAAAAAGCUCUCAGCACAUUUUUGUUUUUUUUUCCCAAAAAAUUAUAUUUUUUCCAAAAAUAAUAUCUCCUCCACCACAUCUGGUGUGGAAUGUACCUCCCUCCCUGAUGUGGUUGCGUGCGUCUGUGUUUGAGUUUGGGUGAGCACAGCAUGUGUGUGAUCAGUCCCUAGGAGUGGGGUGUUGGUGGCUUCCUGAAUCUACGCCCCCCCUUGAUUUUGUUCUCUCUGUGUGUGUGUGUGUGUGUGUGUGUGUGUGUGUGUGUGUUUGGAGAAGUAAUGACUGCGAGGGGGCGGGAGUGUUCCUGGACCCCUUCUUCUUGUCUCCUUGGUCACUCUGAUAGUCACUAACAUAGGCUCUCUCUUGCUCACUCUCUCUCUGGCACACACACACACACACACACACACGCACACACAUGCACGCUCUCACUGCCAUGGCCACCACAGAGGAGCAGAACUCUCUGCGUCCAGAUGGACUCGAACAGCCUGCCACUGACACAGGACCAGAACGGAACCAAAACCAAACUCAAGCCCAGCAUCAGCCACCACUCGACAGGGACGAAGAGGAAGAGGAGGAGGAGGAGGAAGACGAAGGAGCAAACUCAGUACCUGGGUCAGAAUCCACUAGUCCGGAACACACUGACCCACACUGGGUGGAAGAACGGUUCCGGAUUGACAGGAAGAAACUCGAGACGAUGCUCUACACUCCCAAGGAUGGGAAUGGGCUGACAGGUGAAGAGUUCUUUGAAAAGGUGAUGAAGGAAACUAACACCCAGGUGAAAUGGCCAUCAAAGCUCAAAAUUGGAGCCAAGUCAAAGAAAGACCCCCAUGUUAAAGUGGAAGGGAAAAAAGAAAAUGUACAACAGGCAAAAAAGAAGAUUCUGGAACUUCUGGAGACAAAGGUCAACAAGGUCACUCUAAAAAUGGAUGUCACUCACACUGAACACUCUCACGUCAUCGGUAAAGGAGGCGGAAACAUCAAAAAAGUGAUGGAAAUCACGCUGUGUCACAUCCACUUCCCAGACUCUAAUCGUCACAAUGCCACUGGGGAGAAGAGCAAUCAGGUUUCUAUUGCUGGACCAGUUGAAGGAGUGGAGGAGGCCAGGAGAAGAAUACGAGACCUGCAGCCAUUGGUUCUGACCUUUGACCUCUCAGUGAAUCUGGUUGCCGGGGCAAUGCCGGAUGCAAGUUCACCAGUGAUUCAGCAUGUUGCCCAGGCGUUUGGUGUGAGUGUGAGCUUCAGAGCACAGCCCAAGCUCUACUGCAGCAGCUGCGUGGUGCGUGGUCUGCAAGGCAACAGCACUGCUGUCAAGAAGGCCACCUGUGUGCUGAUGGAGCUGCUGCUGGGCCCCGAGGCCGCUGUCGCCGGGGCAACGGUGGUGAGCACGCAGCUGGAUGUGACCUCGCAGCAGCACCUCUUCCUCCUGGGUCAGAACGGCGCCAACUUCCUCAGCGUCAUGCACCAGACCCAGACCCAGAUAGUGCUGCCCGACCUGAGCGCCCCGCAGAGCGCCCCCUCCCUCCUCAUCCAGGGCAACACCGACGGGGUCUGCCUGGCCCGCCAGCAGCUCAUGGACUGCCUGCCGGUGUGCCUGAUGUUUGACAUGAAGGAGGAUGGGGAGGCGGACCCGCGGAAGCUGGCCCAGACGAUGCAGAGCCUGGGGGUCUUCAUUAGUGUCAAGCCCAAGGUCAAACAGACAGCCAAGUCUGUGAUAGUGAAAGGGCUGGAGCGGAACAUUGCCAGUGUGUAUGAGGCCAGGCGUCUGCUGCUGGGGCUGGACUCCAGUGAGGGCUCUGGGAUGACCAAGCCCAUUUGUGACCCUCUGCUGGCUGGAAACGGGCUGGCCAGCUACUGGCUAAACAUUUUAAUGCAACAGCUGCGACUGAAUGAUACUGGUGUAGUAUGCUCUCCUGAUGCUGGGAUUGGCUUACUGCUGCCAGUUAAGCCACGCCCCUCUCCCCCACCUGGUCUUUCUUCGCCCCCAGAAGAGGGAAGGAUGGGAGGACUGAGGGGAACCGACUCCAAACUGGAGAAAAUCCUGGAAAAUGAGGACCAGCCUGUUUCAUCUGAGGGCGAGGACGCUGGACAUCAAAAGAGCCUGGAAUUCUCUGAGGUCACAGAAGUUACCAUGAGGACCGGGGGGUCAGUCAGAAGACACAGCUAUUCAGAUGUCUGCAGAGAUCCAAGCCAAGAGUCCCGACAGUCAAUCACAACUUUCUUCCCUUCCUCAAGUAGGCUUCUAAAGGCAGAGAUGGAACCCGUGAGCAGGAAACAUGACAGGAGGUGCAGCCUCAGGUUCAUCCCUUCCCUGGACACCUGCUCUGACGCCAGCCAGAACGAGGAUGAGGACCAUGACUAUGAGAGGAAGAAAGAACUUGCAAACCAAGGUUUGACUUUUUGUCAUUCAUAUGUGUGUGGAUGUUUAGAUCAGGUUGGAUGCUAUAUGUUUGUGUUCUUGUGUAAUGGAAAAGUACGUGUGUACUUUUGGAAUUCAGUAUAUGAAUCUUCAUUCACAUGCGUGUUUCCCCUGUCCCGUGUGCGGUGCAUGUGUUUUGUAGCUAUGCAGAAGAAGCCGGUGGUGACAGAGGUGCGAACCCCAACAGACACGUGGAGCGGCCUGGGCUUCUCCAAGUCCAUGCCUGCUGAGGCCAUCAAGGAGCUGCGCUCCGUCAGCCGCCGCUGCUACCGGUCCUACCUGGGAAAUCAGCAGUUGACGUACACGCUGGCGAGCGGAAAGGAGCGGAUGUGUAACGGCAGCAACUCUGAGAACUGGAGAGAUCGGCGGGGCUCGGCGUCGGCAGCGUCUCCUGCCUCUUCAUCCGCGUCAUCUUCCUCAUCGUCAUCUCCCUCUUACUCCUCCUCUGCUACCUCCUGCUCACUGUUUGGGUCUUCAGCAGGCAGAGGGCACAUUGACAAACCCACUGAGAGCAACCUGAACUGCGGCCAUCAUUUCGAUGGAAUGUCCUCGGCGGGCCGACCUGGGACGAGCGGGCCCCCGGGCCCCUUCCCCGAGCUGGACGAUGAUCUUCCUGAGCUGCUGAGUCAGCUGGGUCUUGCCAAAUACAUCGAUGUGUUUCAGCAGCAGGAGAUUGACUUCCAAACAUUUCUGACCCUCUCAGACGAAGACCUGAAGGAAGUGGGUGUGUUGACAUUUGGUGCAAGGAGAAAGAUGCUGCUGGCUAUCACAGACCUAAACAAAAGUAUAAAAAAAGGACCAGAUCCACCUGCAGUGUGGUCCGGGUAUCUGGAAGGUGGGGCUAGUGGCCGACUUCCACCAAUCGUGGACGUAGAUGCAGUGCCUCAGAGUAACCGUUGGUGAGGGUGAGCUGUCAAUCAUCACCCAUCAGCACUGGCAGACAAGGACCUAAGACCGUUGUCUGGGAAAGAAGCCUCCUGAAGGGAAACAGAAGAUGAAAAUGAUUUGUCAUCCCUAUGUCAUCCCUAAGGCUGGUGCUGAAGGGGCUAUUUGACAAAGUGUAAUGCAUUUUCCCUAAAGGCAUAUGUAAAGACAUUCCUUUUCUAGAAUCUUGUAAUCUUUUGUAAUACAUGCAAUCUUUUUGUGCUUUUUUUCUGGGAAUUCAGGCCGAGUGCCUUAUGCAGUGUACAUAAACAAACAUGAUAAUGCUGAAAGUGAUUAAACAUCUUUAGUGAUGCCAGCUCUCUUCUCCCCUCAAGCAAAGACAAACAAACAUCUUUGUUUAUUUCAAACUACCCUCUGUGACCUGAGAAAAUGGAUAACUGUUUGAUAAGGAUAAACAAGAUGAUAUCUGUGUGGCUGGAAGAUGGUCUCAGGAAACUGAUCUCAUCUUUUACGCCCUGUUUAAAAACUGAUUAGGUAAGGCUCGUUUUCAUGAUGCUGUCAAAUAAACAGGUGCGAGUCUGUCAUCGUCACACUA